AUGUUUUCCAUCUCUCAACACCCAAGCUUCCCCUCGAGGCCAUCGCCACCUACCCGCGCAGAUACUGAUUUCUCCCACAUCAACACUCCCAGCAGUGAUGUGUAUAUGGGAGAAACUAUCUCAGGGUUCUGUACGCCUAACUCAGCAUCAACCCCUUCUGAGAAGCUCGAUAUAACAUACGAGACGAUGACUUUUCCGCUCUCGGUGCCAAAUCGCCUCCACCCUAUAGCCAUCCCGCUCCGAGAUGAAUUUAUAUCCACCAUUGCUGAGACGCCCUCCACCGCUAUUGCCUUCCUCGCCGACUUUAUGGUCUUUCUGACGAAGAAGAUUGAGAGUCCAGAGAGUGAUCCAAGAGAUAUCGAUACCUAUAAUACAAUACUAGCCUUAUCCUUUGAGACCUUCGAGCACGACUUUCUCCAAGGCAACGAAGUACAUGCCGUGGUGGCAGAUUUUGAUCUUACUUCCGACGAAAGCACCGCCAUCAUCUCUACUUAUUUCCAAGCUCAGAAUAUCUUGGGCCGAUCAAGCGGACGAGUGCCAUCUGCCCUGUGUCGGGCGGCAAACGUUGGAAAGGCUACUGUGUACGCUAUCUUCGGGGGGCAGGGAAGCGACAAGAAGUAUUUUGACGACAUCCGGAACGUCCAUACGACUUAUCGGCCUCUCAUCAGCCAGUUUGUGCGCGAAGCCUCGAACCAUUUGCAUCGGCUUGCAGACGACGAAAGAUUCCGCACUCAUUACCCUCAGGGGCUAAACGUUGAGCAAUGGCUCCUAGACGAGGAAUCACAGCCCGACCAUGAUUACCUCGUUACGGCUCCCUUGAGUUUCCCGUUGAUCGGACUCUUACAACUCAUGCAUUUUAAAGUCACAUGCCAUGUUUUGGGAUAUACCCCCCGACAAAUGAACGAGACCCUUAACGCCGUGACUGGUCAUUCUCAGGGAAUUGUGAUUGCGGCAACUGUCGCAGCAGCGACCUCCUGGAAGUCAUUUGACAAGUUGGCGCUGGAUGCUCUAAGCAUUCUACAGUCCAUUGGCGCUCGAAGUCAGGAAAAGUUCGCUGUUGCGUCGCUAGAUCCCGAAAUUUCCAACGAUGUAGCGGACAAUGGUGAAGGCUCCCUAUCACCUAUGCUCAGCAUAGGUGGCCUACCUGUUGAAGAGGUGCACAAGUUGGUCGCCAAGGCCAACAGCCAUCUCCCCAACGGGGAGAAGGUGGAAGUGGCACUAAUCAAUAGUCCUACUUUGACGGUAGUAGCUGGGCCACCGCUCUCUCUAUAUGGUCUCAACUUGUUGUUGCGGGGACUGAAACCCGCCAAUGCAAGCCAGAGCAAGAUACCUUUCAGCCAGAGGAAGCCGAAUAUCGUGAACCGAUUUCUCCCUAUUACCGCGCCUUUCCACAGCUCCUACCUCGGUGAGGUCGCCGCCUCAGUUGCAGUGGAUGUUAAGGAGGUCUCUCUUCUAGGGAACGAUCUACGCAUCCCCGUCUUUAGCACCGUCAACGGAACGGAUCUCCGCUAUAGAGGAGUAACCAACAUCAUUCCUGAAAUUGUUUGCAUGAUUACGGAAAACAUACUUCGGUGGCAAGCUGCUACAGAUUGGGACGAUGCCACACACAUCCUUGAUUUUGGCCCCGGAGGCAUAUCUGGCAUCAAGCCGAUGAUCAGCAAAAAUAAAUACGGCGCCAGUGUUCGGGUUAUCAUUGCCACUCGAAAUGAGGGAACCUCGAGAGAUGUUGGAUAUAAGUCUGAAAUCUUCAAUAGCGAUCACCCACGACUUCUCUACGGCGAGGUUUGGGGCCAGAAAUACGAGCCCCGACUAAGCACGAGUGCGAUGGGGCAAUCAUAUCUCGACACCAAGUUCAGCCGGCUUUUAGGCCUACCACCAAUCAUGGUAGCUGGCAUGACUCCUACGACUGUUUCCUGGGAGUUUGUCGCCGCCACUAUGAAUGCCGGGUAUCAUAUUGAGCUUGCGCUAGGUGGCUAUCAUAACGCCGCUGCUUUGACGGCCGCUAUUGACAACAUCGUCAAAAGCGUGACCCCAGGGAGGGGUAUCACUUGCAACAUUAUCUAUGCCGCUCCGCAAGCAGUCCGGUGGCAAAUUCCAUUGCUCACCGAGCUUCGAGCCAAAGGCGUUCCCAUCGAUGGCCUCACUAUCGGGGCCGGAGUCCCUUCCGUUGAGGUUGUGAAUGAGUAUAUCAAUACUAUGUCUCUUAAACAUAUCGGGCUCAAGCCUGGCUCAGUCGAGGCUAUCCAUCAAGUCAUCAAGAUUGCCCGUGAGAACCCCAAUUUCCCAAUCAUUAUGCAAUGGACCGGAGGUCGCGGUGGUGGCCAUCAUUCAUACGAGGACUUCCAUCAACCCAUUUUGCAGACCUACAACCAGCUUCGGCGCUGUGGAAACAUCAUUCUUGUGGCUGGUAGUGGGUUUGGAGGUUACGAAGACUCCUACCCCUACAUGAGCGGCACCUGGAGUGAGAAGUACAACCAGAUGCCUAUGCCAUUUGAUGGUGUAUUACUGGGAAGUCGAGUUAUGGUUGCCAAGGAGGCAAAAACCAGUCUUGCCGUCAAGGAAGCCAUUGUUAAUACGCCUGGAGUUGACGAUUCCCGCUGGGAGGAGACAUACAAGGGAGAAGCUGGCGGCAUCAUCACAGUCACCUCUGAAAUGGGGGAGCCGAUCCAUAAGCUAGCGACUAGAGGUGUCAAGCUUUGGUACGAACUUGACCAUACGCUAUUCAAAAUCGAUAGAUCUAAGCGUGUGGCUUGGCUCCAGAACAAAAAGGCAUAUAUUAUCGGACGCCUCAACAACGAUUUCGCCAAGCCCUGGUUUGGGAGAAACUCAGCUGGAGAAGUGGUCGACCUCGAGGAAAUGACCUACUCUGAAGUCACCUUCCGCAUUAUCAAUCUCAUGUAUGUUGCAAGUGAGGGCCGAUGGGUAGAUAAGUCGUGGCAGAAGCUGCUAUACGACUUUUUGCUCCUAGUCGAAUCUCGAUUCCUCCCGUCUGGUGAAAAGUCGUCGUCAUUUUUCAAAGGCAUUAGCGAUCUUAGCAAUCCGGAGAUGAAAGUGCAGGAGUUCUUCAACAAAAACGCGAAGAUAUCACAGCAAUUAAUUGGCUAUGAAGAUGCGAAACACUUCGUGAUGAUCUGCAAGAGACCGGGUCAGAAACCAGUUCCAUUUAUACCGGUUCUUGACGAGGAAUUCGAGACGCUUUUCAAGAAAGAUUCACUAUGGCAAUCGGAAGAUAUUACUGCAGUUGUGGAUCAGGAUGUUCAGCGAGUUUGUAUCCUGCAAGGCCCUGUUGCUGUUCAAUGGUCAAAGGUUGUCGAUGAACCUAUUAGCCAAAUACUGGGUAACAUCCACAACGGCUACAUCGAGAGGACUCGGGAAAUCGCCCACAACGACGAGAUGGACAUCGUUCCCGAUAUUGAUUGCUUUGGCAACUUUUACGAGAACGUGUCCCUGAUUCCAAAUGGAGUCACGGCAUCCGAGCACGAGAGUGGUAUACUUUACCAAAUAGAAAAAGAUGCGUCCGUUGAUCUGUAUCAAUGGCUUAGCUUUUUGGGAGGUAGCAACAGCGACUGGAGAGAAUCUUUCUUUAAAACUCGGUCAAUCGUCCAAAACCAGACUGUCCACGAGAAUCCAGUGAGAAGGAUUUUCAAGCCUUCAUCCGAUACUUUUGUUCUGAUGGAAGAUACCCAAAACGCGGAGAAAACAAAGAUAUCCUUGAUGGAGAACUUCCAAAACGAUGGCAAGGAGCAGAUGAAAGUGGUGGAGAUCAGGGCAGAAGCGGCCAAUGUUAUUGUCAUGGAAAUAUUUGACCAUCGCAAUGCCCUUGGAAUGCCUACUGGCCUUGUUCUACGUUAUAAUUACCACCCUGAAGCACGUUUCGCUCCUAUACAUGAGGCCAUGCGUGACCGGGAAGAUCGCGUCAAGGAUUUCUACCAUCGUCUUUGGUUUGCUCAAGACCUCCCUACAGUCGCGGUUCCGACGACCAAUCGAUUUGAUGGCGGAGAAUUUACGGUUGAUGGGCAUACCAUAGCUAAAUUUGCACACUGCAUUGGUAAUCAGGACGAUGCCUACAGCAAGCGUCUUGGUAAACAGCUCUCUGCUCCACUGGACUUUGCAGUUGUUGUAGCUUGGAAAUCUCUUAUGCGGCCCUUGUUUGCUCAGGGGAUUCAAGGCGAUCUCCUAAAGCUGGUCCAUCUCUCAAAUGAAUUCAGAAUGGUACCUAACGCCGAGCCAAUCCGAGAAGGCGACAAUCUCAAGUCAGAGUCUUAUAUCAACGCGAUUAUCAAUCAAGACUCCGGCAAGAUGGUAGAAGUGCAAGGAUACAUUCACAGGGACGGGAAACAGGUCAUGGAGCUUACCAGCCAAUUUCUCUAUCGUGGAACCUUCAAGGACUUCGAGAAUACUUUCUCCCACGUGAAGGAAGCUGAUAUGGAAAUCUAUCUGGAAACACCCAUGGAUGUGGCUAUCUUACUAUCGAAGAGUUGGUUCCAUCUCUAUGACCCAAAAUUUGACUUGCUUGGCCAACGACUUAUCUUCAACCUCCGAUCCGCUUAUCAUUUCGAAGAUAAUACUAUCUUCAGUGCCGUUAAGACCACCGGAGAUGUGAGAAUAAAGGCAUCAAGGAAAGAUCUUGCGCCGAUUGCUACAAUCACUUAUAUGGCUGGUAGAUCAACUGGAAACCCAGUUACAGACUACUUGAAACGCCAUGGAGCAACAUUGGAGCCUCGCCGCAUCUUUCCAAAUCCUGUCCCAGCGGGAGAGGCCCCGGUGGUAAUUGAAAUGCCGUCGUCCAAUGAGGCAUAUGCCGUCAAAUCUGGAGAUUACAACCCCAUUCACGUCUCGCGAUCUCUAUCCAAGUAUGUCAACCUCCCAGGGACCAUCACACAUGGAAUGUACACCAGUGCCCGAGCGAGAAGCACUGUAGAACAUUUGGUGUGUGCUUCGCACACUAAACUCUUCAAGACUUGGAAGUGCUCAUUUACAUCUAUGGUGCUACCCGGGGACAAGCUUGAGGUGCAAUACUCUCACAUCGGGAUGAUUAGCGGGAGGAAAAUCAUCAAAGUCGAAGCCAGCAAUGUCGAUACCCAUGCAGUAGUUCUGGUUGGUGAAGCUGAAAUCGAGCCCGAGGAUACCGCGUAUAUCUUUACUGGACAGGGAAGUCAGCAAAAGGGUAUGGGCAUGGAGCUUUACGCUACAAGUGAUGCUGCUCGGCGUGUCUGGGACUACGCUGAUAAGCAUUAUCAUGAGAAUUAUGGCUUCAAGAUCACCGACAUUGUGAAAAAUGACCCCAAGGAAUUGACGGUCCAUUUCGGUGGUCCUCGUGGUAGACAUAUUCGUGAAUCCUACAUGUCCAUGACGUAUGAACAGAUUGGCCCUGACGGGACGUCUCGCAUCGAGAAGGUCUUCAAGGACAUUAACGAGGAAACCGAAUCGCAUACAUACCGCUCUGCUACCGGUCUUCUGUCUUCCACUGAGUUCACCCAACCAGCUUUGGCGCUCAUGGAGUUGGCUAUCUUCUUUGACUUGCAAGAUCGUGGCUUGAUCUCCGAUAAUAGCCCCUAUGCUGGCCACUCCCUUGGUGAGUACUCGGGAUUGUGUGCGGUAGCAAACAUCAUGUCAAUCGAGAGCCUUACGUCCGUUGUCUUCUAUCGUGGCUUGACGAUGCAAGUUGCUGUCGAGCGUGAUGAGUUGGGCCGCUCAAAUUUCAGCAUGUGUGCGGUUGAUCCCAGUAGACUCACUAAAGGAUUCAACGAGGCGGCUUUGAAACUCAUAAUCCAAAGAAUCAGCUUGGAGACUGGGUGGUUACUCGAGAUUGUCAACUACAACAUUGCUAACUUGCAAUAUGUCUGUGCUGGCGAGCUCCGCGCACUUGAAUGCCUCACCAAUAUCCUGAACAGUAUCAAGGAAAAGAACGUUAUUGUGGAGGCAAACUCAUCGGGCGACUCCGAACCUCUACUACAAGACCUCACACCAAGCCAACAUCAGAUAUUGGCCAUCACACAUGAUGAAAUCCGUGCCAUAUACAAGACGCCCGUCAAAACCCUCACGCGCGGCAAAGCUACCAUCCCGCUCAAGGGCAUCGACGUACCCUUUCACUCGUCCUUCCUCAAGCCCGGCGUUGGCAGCUUCCGUAACGUGCUCCGUCACCAUAUCAAUCAGGAUACCCUCGAUUUGAGCAAGUUGAGUGGUCGAUAUAUCCCAAAUCUGACUGCAAAGCCGUUUGAGAUUAGUGAGGAGUCGUUCAAAGAGGUGGCUGCGUUGACAGGGAGUCCACUAUUAAGAAAAGUCGCAGAUGACUGGGAGGCCUACUCACUUGGGAAGAAGUCCCUCGCUGAUAUUUACCAAAUUUGA